AUGUACCAAGUGGUCAUGCACGACCCCGAAGGAUACGACCCCGUAGGAUACGACCCCGUAGGAUACGACCCCGAAGGAUACGACCCCGAAGGAUACGACCCCAAAGGAUACGACCCCGUAGGAUACGACCCCGAUGGAUACGACCCCGUAGGAUACGACCCCGUAGGAUACGACCCCGAAGGAUACGACCCCGAAGGAUACGACCCCGUAGGAUACGACCCCAAAGGAUACGACCCCGAAGGAUACGACCCCGUAGGAUACGACCCCGUAGGAUACGACCCCGUAGGAUACGACCCCGUAGGAUACGACCCCGAAGGAUACGACUCCGUAGGAUACGACCCCAAAGGAUACGACCCCGUAGGAUACGACCCCGUAGGAUACGACCCCAAAGGAUACGACCCCGUAGGAUACGACCCCGAAGGAUACGACCCCGAAGGAUACGACCCCGAAGGAUACGACCACGUAGGAUACGACCCCGUAGGAUACGACCCCGUAGGAUACGACCCCGAGGGCGUGUAA